AUCAAUCGUGAUUUAGUCUCGCCCAGUGCAGAUCUAGAACAAUAAGUGAUCGUAUAGAGAGUUAUUGUUUUUUUUUUUAAUCCGUUCAGAGUAAUUUGUGGAAAUGUCACAGUCUCCAACUGGAGCACCAGUGGUGUGUGAAAUCGGAGGAACCCAGCCGAGUCCGGCAGCAAUGCCAACCUGGUAUAGCCGUCAUCAUUUGGCUUCCAUGGCUGGAGAUGGUGCAACAAAUAAUGCUAAUGGGAAAGUAACGCCACUAGGAUUACUAUUGACGUUAAUCGAUGCCAUAAACGUUAUGGCCAAAUCAUUAUGGGACGAAUGGACCGAAGAAUACAAGGAAAUAUCUCAAAGGGGCGCUCUAUUGUUCAUUUCUGGAGGCAUGGCCUUUGCCCAUGGCUUGGAAUGGGCCUCGUUUCGUGUUACUGGCUUUACGCAACAUUUCCACAGCUCCUGGUUUAUUGCAAUGAUGAUUGGUACCGUCAUUUCGAUGCAAAUUAGCAAAUAUAUACCCAAGAAAUUUAUAAUGUUGACGUCCUCCCUACUGAUUCUGGCUGGCGGUAUAAUAUUUCUGGCCGAUCACAGUACCAUAGAUGCUCUGGUGGCUGGACGUUAUCUCAACGGCAUUGCUGUGGGCCUGCUGACCACACAAUUCCUCUGUCACACUGGUGAUAUUUCUCGGGUAAAUGAGCGGGGGGCCUGUCUGGGUCUGGAACAAUUCUCACUGACCCUGGGCAUGACUGUAGAAAUGAUAAUCACCACACAGUGGGGUGUGGAAUCACAUCUUUCGGCCAAUCGUUUACAUGGCCUAUUGGAUGUAGUGUUGGCCCUGCUCUCAGCCAUUGCCUUGUGGUAUUUUGUGGAAUCUCCAGUGGAUUUUUUACGCAUGCGCGAUGAGCCGUCAGCAUUGGCCAGUUUGGCAAGGCUACAACGUCCGCCAAAGGUGAACAAGAAUACCAGUGUUUUGCUGCAGGAACACAGUGCCUAUUUGAGUGAGCAGGAGAAUCUUGGUGCCCGCAGUUGGUUGGGACCUUUGGCAAAAAUGCUGAUAUUUCGCAGCAUGAUGUUGGCUUUCACAUUCUCCUUGCCGCUGUCGAAAAUUUUGGAACACAGUGCAGCCACAAAUGUUGAGCAAUGGCCCAUCAUAACAACGGCCUGUCUACGUUUGGUGGGUAGUUUCGUGGCACUAGUUGUAAUCGAUAAAGUUGGUCGAAAGCUGCCUUCGCUGUUUGCAAGCUUUUGCGCAGGUGCCCUUAUGCUGGCCAUUUCGGUUAUAUGUCUUCAUCGCCUGCAUCGUCUAACCGAUUCCACGCUAAUGUCCUAUGUUGCCGUAUUGUGUAUGGCCCUACAAUUCUCGGCUGGGCUAUUUGCUCCAAUUAGCUCGGCCUAUAUGGGGGAGGCAUUUCCCAUUAAGGCCAAACAGUAUUGUGUGGCAGCCUGUGUUAUCCUCGAACAAGUCAUACAUGCCGGUGUUAUCGUUGCCAAUGUUGGCUAUGGUGUAAGAGGUCUCCUACUGGCGGAGAGUAUAAUGAUACUGAUUGCAAGCCUAUAUUUUUGCCUAACAAUGCCCGAAACAAAGCAUAAAAAUUUGAGAGAAGCCCAGAAAAUGUUUCGAUAUUUCUUUAAUUGGAAAUUUUAUUGAAUGUAUUUGAGUUAUAUUGUAAAGCAUUUUUAAAUUGAGUUAAUAAAACAAUGCCAGAUUAAGUUAUUAUUCGUCGUUAA